UUAAUGAAGCUGUGAUCGAGAGCUUGGAUCCGAAACUAGUAACAAGAUAUUUUGUUGUAUUACUAAUACUUUGCAGCUUUUGUGCUUCACCGGAAAAGUUAAAUAGAGGUGGGAUUGAACUUUGA